AUGCUGGGCCUAGGCGCAUACGACAGCAGCAGUGAGGAAGAGACUGAGCCCAGGCGCUCUAAGCUACCAGUCAAUGUGACUCUCCACGAAGUCACCGGCCCUGUGCUUGGCCCAUCAUCUGGCCCUGCCCCCAUCGACAGCGCCCAAGCUACCGAAGGCCCUUCUGCCGAUGGCCACACUUCCCCUUUCUCCAUAUCGCGAGCUCUAGUGCAGGAUCUAACGCUUCCGCCGGUACCUAACCUGGAUAUUCCGCCCUCUCCUCCCGGGUCUCCGGACCCUGCUGCCAAUGCCAAGUUCGAACAUUUCCUAUCACUCAAAAACCAAGGCGUACACUUCAAUUCAAAACUCGCAAGCUCAUCUUCGCUCAGAAAUCCCAGUCUCUUGAUGAAAAUGAUGGAGCACGCGGGCAUUGAUGAGCAAGCGCAAUAUCACGCGUCCUUGCCCUCCGAGUUAUGGGAUAUCACGAGCCUCCCCAGAUGGGGCUUUAAGGAUGAGCUUUUGAAGACUCAGCAAGAGACUCGAUGGAAAAUGGAAGAGAAAAAAGCUACUGGCCAAAGAUCCUCCAUAGACUUCGUGUCUGGUUCAGGGACGAAAGGGAAGGUCAAUCCAUGA